AUGGGAGUCGCCGCCUCGAAAAAGACCCAGAGCUGCUGGCCAAUGUCGCCCAAGCCGGUCCUCCAUUAUUUUGACAUUAACGGCCGGGGCGAACUCAGCAAGGCCACCCCGCUCGCGGUUGCGUCGCUGCUUAUCGCCGCUGUCGGCGGCCUCGAACUCGAAUGCGUCGAGUACCCAUUUUCGGCAAAUGGAGCCUCUGCCGCCGACAAGUUGAAGGCGGGCCCGGUUCAGUCGGAGCACACCAAGGCGGCUACCGCGAUGGGCAUGGACGGUUGUGGUCUGCCAAUCUUAGUGCACGGUGACCUCAAGAUCUACCAGAGCUUUGCCUGCCAGAACUACCUCGCGUCUAUCGGUCCCAAGUAUCCAAAGGUCACCGCGCAGCAGCAAGCCGUGGACGACAUGUUUCAGGGCGCGUUGGAGGACUGCAUGGGCCUCGGCGCCGGGGUCAUCCUGAGUGGUGGCGACCCCGCGCUGGUGCCAAAGGUCAUGGAGAAGGUUCUCGCUCACCUGAGCAAGUACAUCCCGGACAAGGGUUUCGUCCACGGCAAGGAUGCGCCCACCACGGCCGACUUGGCCGUCCUCGUCCUGACACAGGCGCUGAUCCCGUUCGGUGCGACGCUGGGCGAGGGCGCUGCCGAGUGCUACGGGAAGUUUCCCAAGGCUGUGGCUCUGGGCGAGCGGGCCGCCGCUUUCCCUGCGAUUGCGACAUGGCUCACCAACGAGCACUGCAACCUCAAAAAGCCGCCAAAGGCUGCACGCAAGUGA